CCCCUACACUACAGCAGCAGCAGCAGCAGCAGCAGCAGCAGCAGCGGCGGCGGCAGCAACAACAGCAGCAGCAGGAAGAGCAGAAGCGGGAGCAGCAGAAGUGAAAGGAUGGUUCCAAGUGUGCAGCAGCAGCAGCAGCUGCUGCAACAGAUCCGGCAGCAGCUGCAGCAAGGUACUGCAGAUGUUGAGAGCUGCAGCAAGCAGCUGCUGCAGCUUAAGCUGAUGCGUGUUGCUGCUGUUGCUUCAGCAUCAGAGACCCUAACACCAGCACAAGUAGAGGAGGCUGUGCUGGCUCGCAGCACAUUCGAGACAGCAGCAAUGCUGUGCGUCUACAAGCUGCAGCAGCUGCAGCAGAAGCAGCAGCAGCAGCACGGCGACGACGAUAUGUAUGAAGACCUCAUGUCAGAGACAGCAGCAGCAUUUCAGAGACACAUGAAUAUGCUGCUGCCCUUCUACUGCGAUUUAAUGCAUGUGCUGCCUCCUUCAGACAUGCAGCUGGAGCUGCAGUGUCUGCAGCUGCUGCACUUCUUAUCGAAUGACUGCAUUGCUGAGCUACACGUCGCCUACGACAGACUCUCAGAGGAGCUUCAAAGCAGCCCUUAUGUGCGUACGGUGAUGCGGCUGGAGCAGCGGCUGAUGUCUGGCGACUACGAGGCGGUGAUGCAGCAGCAGCAGCAGCAGCAGCAGGAAGAUGUGUGCUUGCCUCGUUCUGCUGCAGUGUUUCUGUGGCAGCUAACAAAGACUGUGCGGCUGCGUGUUGCUGCUACACUUGAAAUAGCAUAUACUUCUCUGUCUCUUUCUCGGUUAAGUUCAGCGUUGCGUCUGCCUGUCUCUUCUUUAUCUUCUUUUUGUGAAGAGCAUAACAGACGAAGGAGACAGAGAGAAGCUCAGCAUGCCCUGCAGCAGCCUUCAAUAGAGUUUGCUGCUGCUGCUGCUGCUGCUAUGGGAGAUACCCUGGCAGGCGCCCCCAAGUCCCUGCAGCAGCAGCAGCAACAGCAGCAGCAGCAGCAGCAAUCCGUCAGCACCUUGGCAGCAGGUGUGGGAUCGGGAUCGUUUGCUUCUGCGGUGUCUCUUGAAAGAAAUGCCCCCUGUGGGGUUUUGUGGGUGAUAGAAGGAGACAGAGUUUUCUUCAAGAAGCAGCAGCAGCAACAGCAGCACUGCUCCUUCCAUGCUACACAAGUUGCUACGCAUCUCAUUGGCUACGCCACUGAACUGGAGAGGAUCGUCUGA